AUGUUUAAGGAUUGGAUGCCUUUAAAGAUAAGUAAUACUUUUGUUUUAAGAACUCCCCAAAGACAAAAUACGGAGAAUACCGAUUUUUUAAAAUUUUUAUCAUUUUUGCGAGUGAAUGAUUUUGAUAGUGAAAAUGGAUUUGUCGUGAAAUAUAUUCACGACCAAAAAUAUUUGGACAGUGAUGUACCUGAUAAUGCAUUACGUUUAUAUGAUAGUAAUGUAGAAGUAGAUAGAUACUAUAAAGAUAGAGUCGCAGUCUGGCUAGAAAAGGCCUUACAUAUUAAGGAAGGCGUAUCUGUAUUACUGACAGAAGAUUUGGAUGUUGAACAAGGUUGGAUUGAAGAAGAUACUGCUUCUAUACAACGAUUAAAAGAUCGCCAAGUACGUAUAAUCCAUCAUGUUACAAGAGAAAUACACCCCACCACUCAUAAAGUUCAAAGCCUAACUGUAGACAUUGGAAUCGCCAUCAGUUUACUUCGUCCCAUGAAAUUCAACGGUCAAUUGUAUGUAGCUUGUUCCAGAGUUCGUUGGGGAAAUCAACUUUAUUUCACAUCAACUCAAUUGUUAAAUCGCAUGAUAUGUGGUUUUGAUCAAAACAUUGUAGACUUUUUCCGACAAUUAAGGGAUGAGGACAAGGAUAAAACAAAAUCUACUGAGGAUGAGGAUGAAAUUUUUUUUCAGUUAAAAAGAAAAGUAAAUAGCCAUACGUAA